AUAUAAAUCCCCUGAGCAACGACUAACUUCCACUAACUGCUCUCACUCCCCUCCUCGUCACUUGCAGAAACGAGGUACGGAGCUCAAAUCAUUUUUCCUUUUUUUCAUUUUAAUCCUCAAUUUUGUAAAAAUUGCACACCAUAAUACCAUUUCUAAUCAAGAACGAAGAAAGAAUUGUUGGGGUUUCUUUUAGUACUUGUUAAUAUCGAGAGUAAAUGGUUGUAGGGUUUUAUUCUUCUAAUUCUCCAUCUGAAAUUGGGUAAAAAGUUAUGGCUAGCUUGUUGUUCACUAAAGAUUGUAGCAUUUUGAUCAAGAACCAAAAAGGAUUUCCAAGGUUUCUUUUAAAGAUGUUUCAAUUGGGAAAGGGGGUUUUGUUGUUGGAGCAGAGAGCAUUAAAAUUGAUGAUCCCUUUACAGAAGCAAAGGGGAAAAUGAAUGAUUUUCUUUGUAUUUAUCCUAAAAAAUAUUUCUUAUUAUCAAGAAUGAAUGAUUAUAGGGCUUCUUGUUUACUAACAGAUGCUAUCAUUUCAAACAAGAACAAGAAAGGGUUUGCAGGUUUUUAUACUUUUUUCCGAUUCAUGGGCUUAAACGCUAGCGAGGCCGAUGAGCAUGGCCUUGAGGGCUCCAAUGCACCCCCAGUCGAAACCCUAGAAGAUAACAAACCAGUAACGGAUGUUGGUAACGAGUCUCAAAAUCAAAAUGGUAAUUGCAAUCGAGAGGAGAAAGGGGGUUCUGUUGAUUGAGUGGAGACCGUAAAAAAAGAUGAUUCCUUUAUUGAAACAAAGGAGGCAAAGUUUUAUGUUGGCGAUUUGGUUUGGGGCCAAGUUUCCGGUUGUGCUUGGUGGCCAGGGCAAAUCUUUGAUUCAAAAUAUGCGUCAAAAAUGGCAUUGAGGAAUCUGGCAAAUGUUCAGAGGACGAGUAGGAGGAAUACUGAAGAUCUUUUUUUGGUUGCAUUCUUUGGUGACAGAACAUUUGCUUGGCUGCCCGAGUCCCAAUUGAAGCAUUUACAAGAAAAUUUCUCAAAGAUGGAGAAGAAGAGUCGUGCAGUGUCAUUUGUGAAAGGAGUUGAUGAAAUUCUUGAAGAAGUUUCGACGCACGUUAAGCUUGGUAUGACCUGUGAAUGCUUUGUGGAUGAGACUUAUACUGAUUUAAAGAAAGAGAAAGUUGACAAUUCUGGGAUUAGGAGAAGAACGUCGAGGCCUCCUGUUGAUAGGUCCAUAAUUGUGAAUACUUUUCAACCCAAUUCUCUUCUUGAGCAACUCUGGGUUUAUGCUCAGUGCCCACUUGGACAGUUCAAUAGACUGGAGCUUAGAAAAACUGUAGCUCAACUGAAGGCCUUUAAACACUCAAAGAAUUUGAAGGUUGAAGGUAAGCUUGUACAGGAGAAAACAGAGGAAGUUGUUGAUGAAAAGUGUUCCUCCAGAGAAGAGGAAGUUGCUGAUGAAGAGUAUUCCUCUUCAAAGGAAAUGCUGGCACAACUCUGCCUGCUUGCUAGAGACCCUACGGGUGGUUACAGUUUUAUUCCUAAGAUUAUACGUUUCUUCACUACUUUUAGGGCUUAUCGCUUAUCUAGUUAUUCCAAGUAUCCGGAUCCUUUGGGAAGAACAAGAGGUAGUAAAAGAAAAGCAGCAGGCUCUGGGCCUUCCUAUUCUCUAAUGUAUUCUGAUAUUGUACUCCAAGGUAAGAGGAAAGGAAGCUCUCAGAACAAGGUGCAAAAGAAGAAGAAGACGAUCGAAAAAGAGACACCAACUGCACUGGUUUUGUAUUUCAAUGAACCUGAUGCUCUCCCUUCUGCAGCUGAUUUAAUCGAGUUUUACAUCUCUUAUGGACCUCUCAUAGUGGAAAGAACUGAGAUUCAGAUAAAAGAAAACUGUGCUCAAGUUGUUUUCAAAUACUCUCAUGAUGCAGAAGAAGCUUUUCAUGGUCAAGAAAUACAUGGUGUUGCAAAAUUGGUGCUUUGUCCAUGAGGGAGGGCAGCUUAGAACCUCAAGAAGGCACUGAAGUUGCAAGUGAUACUAGUACUACAUUAGAUGAAGCUAUUUGUAGCAGAUACUUUGACUGACUAAACAAACAAAGAGGUUAUACUGGUAUGUCGCAUUUUACAUGAUCAGACAAGUUCAAAGUUUUUUGUCCUAUAAUAGAAAUGGAUCUUUAUGAAGAAGGUCUGCUCUUGCAAAAGCUGCCGAGUUUUAUGCUGGCAUUUUCUGGGCUUGAUUUUUGGCUACUUUCAGUUCUGUACAUUUGUUGAAUUUGUAAAUACAUUGAGGUCGCACACGGUGUACAGAUGUUUUGGAUGUACCAACCUUAGAAGACUAUAUCUUCUUCAGAUAAUUAAGUAAGUACUGUUUCUCUUACGAUA